AUGGUCCGGCAAACGAGGAGUAAGGUCAAGGGAGCGGGCGCGGAGGCGCCUCGGUCUCCGCGCAGCGCGCGAUCCCCGCGGCGGUGCAGGGCGGCUGGAGUCGGGGAGCCCGAGCCCGGGACCCGGGAGGCGGAGGACCAGCGGGCUGCGCCGCAGCCUGUGCUCCUAGGAGGCGGGACCGUGCCCCGGGGCGUCCGCAGUUACACCCCACGGAGGAGCCGAAACUUGAGCGCGCAGAAUUCCUCUCAACUGGAAGAGAUCGCCAGGUCCCUCCUCGGCCGCUUCCAAUCCCUCAACAGUUUCCUGGAGCAGUUUCGCGAAAAGGUGCAGGUAUUGCAGACGCGGCGCUUCUCCAGCAAGACCACCUACUGCAUCGCUGCCUUUUUGGGAAUUUUGCACUGGAUACACUUAAUCACGCUUUUUGAAAAUGAUCGUCAUUUUUCUCACCUCUCAUCUUUGGAACGGGAGAUGACUUUUCGCACUGAAAUGGGCCUUUAUUAUUCCUACUUCAAGACCAUUAUCGAUGCACCUUCAUUUUUGGAAGGGUUGUGGAUGGUUAUGAACGACAGGCUUACUGAAUACCCACUGGUCAUAAACACAGUGAAACGCUUCCAUCUUUACCCAGAGGUAGUCAUAGCCUACUGGUAUCGCACAUUCACUGGAAUAAUGAAUUUUUUGGGGAUAGAAACAAAGACCUGUUGGAACGUCACCAGAGUAGAGCCUCUUAAUGAAGUUCAGAGCUGUGAAGGAUUGGGAGACCCGGCUUGUUUUUACGUUGGCGUGAUUUUUAUUUUAAAUGGAUUAAUGAUGGGAUUGUUCUUCAUAUAUGGUACAUACUUGAGUGGAAGUCAAUUAGGAGGUCUAGUUACAGUAAUGUGCUACUUUUUCAACCAUGGAGAGGCUACCCGUGUGAUGUGGACACCUCCUCUCCGUGAAAGUUUUUCAUAUCCAUUCCUUGUACUUCAAAUGUAUAUUUUAACUAUGAUUCUCAGGACCUCAAACACUCGUGGACAACAGUAUGCUGCCCUCUGUGCUUCCAAUGUUGCUUUCAUGCUUCCCUGGCAGUUUGCUCAGUUUAUACUGUUUACACAGAUAGCCUCAUUAUUUCCCAUGUAUGUUGUGGGAUACAUUGAGCCAAGCAAAUUUCAGAAGAUCAUUUACAUGAACAUGAUUUCAGUUAUCCUUUGUUUCAUUUUGAUGUUUGGAAACCCAAUGUACUUAAGUUCUUACUAUUCUUCGUGCUUGUUAGUGACAUUGGCAUUAAUUCUAAAGAAAAAUAAAAUUCAAAGAUUGCGAGUGUCUGAACUCAGCUUCUGGGUAAUCCAAGGUUGUGCUUGGUGGUCUGGAACAAUUCUUUUGAAGUUUCUGACAUCUAAAAUCUUAGGUGUUUCAGACCACAUUCGCCUGAGUGACCUUAUAGCAGCCAGAAUCUUAAGGUAUACAGAUUUUGAUACCUUAAUAUAUACCUGUGCCCCUGAAUUCGACUUCAUGGAAAAAGCGACUCCACUGAGAUACACAAAGACGUUAUUGCUUCCACUUGUUCUGGUGAUUACUUAUUUUAUCUUUAAAAAGAUUAUUUAUGAUACUUUGUGUGUCCUAUCUACAAACACUUAUCUAAGAAAACAGCUCCUUGAUCACGGUGAGCUGGUUUUUCACACACUGCAGUUGUUAGCAUUCACAGGCCUUUCCAUUUUAAUCAUGAGGCUGAAGCUGUUUUUGACACCACACAUGUGUAUUAUGGCGUCCUUGAUCUGCUCCCAACGGCUCUUUGGCUGGCUUUUUUGCAGAGUUCAUUUUGAGAAUGUUGUCUUUGGUGUUCUAACAGUGAUGUCAAUACAAGGUUGUGCAAACCUCCAUAAUCAAUGGAGCAUUAUAGGAGAAUUUACUAAUUUGCCCCAGGAAGAACUUAUACAAUGGAUCAAAUACAAUACCAGACCAGAUGCUGUUUUUGCAGGUGCCAUGCCUACAAUGGCAAGCAUCAAGCUAUCUACACUUCACCCCAUUGUGAAUCACCCACACUAUGAGGAUGCAGACCUGAGGGCUCGAACAAAAAUAGUGUAUUCUGCAUAUAGUCGAAAAUCUGCAAAAGAAGUGAGAGAUAAAUUAAUGGAAUUACAUGUGAAUUAUUAUGUUCUAGAAGAGGCAUGGUGUGUUGUGAGAACUAAACCUGGCUGCAGCAUGCUUGAAAUCUGGGACAUAGAAGACCCUUCCAAUGCCGCUAAUGCUCCCCUGUGUAGGGUUCUGCUCAAGGAUGCGAGGCCUUACUUCACCACGGUGUUCCAGAAUAGCAUAUACCGAGUACUGAAGGUUAACUGAAAGUUAGGCUACCCACUAUGAUGUGGUUUGAAGUGUGUCAAAAAAAAUGCAAACAGACAUUUUUUGCCCUAUUUACAUUAAUGAAACUCACAUGCUUUAGGAAACAUUCAAAAAUGAGAUGAUAAAUUCAUUUUAAGUUAUCUGAUUACUGAAUAAAAAUUGCUUCAUUGUUUCACAUUAAAUGUAAGCUCUAUUAAGCUUGUGAUAUAAAUGAUCAAGACAUUUCAUACUUUAUCAUAAGCAAAUGUUCACUUUAGAAUUUUAAAGAAACAUGCAUGUAAAAGAACAAUGGAAUUAAGAAAUCAAGGAGGCAUAAAUUCUUUUCAGUCUCACAAGGUGAAUUGCUUCAGAUUUCCCCCAGUACCGGUGACUAAGCUGACUGCAGAAUCGGAUGCUGAUGGCCACCUCUGUGCCUCCGAGGAAGCUAGAGUCGUGUCUCCUCCAGUGGUUUAUUGUACAAGCCCAAGAAGUUGGCGACUUCGAAAAAUCAUUUCUACUUAAAGUGUUUCUUAAACACCUUGAUUUGUCAUUUUCCACUGAUUGAUUUCCAUACUAUGCACAACAGAUAAUUAGUCUGUUGGUAGAAUACAAUGGUUUUCUUUCAGUAUCCAGAUAAGAUAAAAAUUACUAUGAUAAUACAACCCAAUUUGAGGGUUAGGCAUAACCAGCAAAGAAGAUCCAGUUAAAUUUAUCAAAUGGGAUUUUCAGAUGCCAAACCUUUCAUUAAGGAAAAGCCUCUUUUUUGUGGUGGCCUAUGGCUUACAAGACUAUUUCCAUACUCGAUCUUUGGUAAUAUGUAUUUUUAAGUCCGUGAUUAGUUUUUGUUUAUGUUGAGGAAGGUAAUGUAUUAUAAAUGGUCUUUUCCAAUAAAACCCACCCAUCACUUUGAAAAAUGGUAGUUGUCUUGAAGACAGAGUUGGUAAAUGCAGAGAGUAACUUUUUUUUUUUUUCUCUGCGGGAUAAAUACUAAAUAUGCCAGAUCUAUAAGAUUUAAUGUGCAUCUGUGCUAAUCAUCUUGGAGUUUUUAUACUUAGACUUUUCUUGUAUUUUUGGUCCUCUCUACUUGGGUUAACAAAAUAACUCAAUUUUAUAGAUUAUUUUACUUACAAUAAGCAAGUGAUCAUAUAAAAAUUACUUUUCAACUUUCAUAGUUGUAAAAUAUUUUAGUGAAGGACACAAAAUAUCUAAGAAAGCAUGCUACACUUUAACAUUUUCAGUUUUUUUGCUGUAUCUAUGGAGCUAUGAAGAAAGGACAUGUAACACCUAACAUAAAAUUAAAGUAACACAUUUUAGAUGAUGUCAACAUAGAGAAUACUUUAAAGUAAUUGGAAGAAGUUAAUAAAGA